ACAAGGGUAAUUCAUUAUCAGCUCUCAAUACGAGGCGACGGUGGGGAGCACAAGACAGCCAGCCGGGCCGCCCGCCACACCACCACAACCAGUGACGGUGCUCCCACAGUGACGGUGCUGGACCUCCCACAGUAAAGAUGGCGGCCAUCGUCGACACCUACCACCAGUGGGGAGUGGAGAUCAUCUAUUUCUUCCAGAAACUGUGGCCCCGGAGCGGACUGUUCUUCAUGCAGGUGUCUGACGCCGGGGACCCCAGCCUCGCCUUCACCUUCUACUUCCCCCUCAUGGUCGCCCUCCACGCCGGCGUCGGCAUCAAGCUCAUGUGGUCCAUCGUCUUCUGCGAGUGGUCCAACAUGGUCCUCAAGUGGGUGCUGGCGGGGGACCGGCCCUACUGGUGGGUGUUCGAGACCAGGGUCUACGCCCCGCACGCUCCGCCCUUCCUGUACCAGUUCCCCAGGACCUGCGAGACGGGGCCGGGUAUGCCCUCUGGUCACACCAAGCUCAACGCUGCCAUCUUCUACAUCCUCAUCUCAUCCUUCGUCGAGAUGGUCGUCAGGAGGACAUCGUACUUGAGCCAGAAGCAGAAGAGGUGGGCGGAGCGCGGGCUGUGGGCGGCCUACGGCGUGUGGAUGACCCUGGUGAUGCUCUCCAGGACCUACAUGGCCGCCCACUUCCCUCACCAGUGUGUGGUGGGCGCCGCCCUCGGUCUGGUGAUCGCCAUGAAGGUGUCGCGGACCCCCAGGCUGCAGGUCCUCACUCGUCCCCAGUACCUGGUGCUCACAGCCGCCAUCGUCGUCUCCGUCCUCGGCACCUUCUUCGCCUACAGGUGAGGACCUCCGUCACUGUCCCUCGAGGC